GUUCUUCAGGCAAUUACAAUACAAUCUGGAAUCCUGAAUAUUAUCUUAAUUAAGCCAACGUUCAAUUAUGAAUAGAUUUCCCAUUGAAAUAAUAUUAACUUAAGAGAUUCAUUAUGAUUCAAAUAAAUGCUCAUUAAAUUAACUUAUGUCCGAUUAAAUGAAUUACAUAAAGUCAUUAACUUAACUUAUUAAAACCAAAGCUAGAAUAAAAUAUUUUUAAAAGCCUUUUAGAAUACAAGUGAUAUCAACCCAUUACAAGCUUCACCAGGUAAAUUAUAUUUACAUUUAAAACACGUUAUUUUAGAUACUUCCUGGAGAUGUUGGGACACAAUAACCAUGGAUACAGUUUCCAUCACAAACGUUCGACCCUUUCUAAAUAAAGGGAAAUGCGCACUUUCUUUUAGGGAAACAAAACGCGUCAUCACCAAGCGACGCAGCCGCCGGCGCAGCUAAUACGCGUCUACCGACUAGUAAACAAACGGUGGCGUCCAGGUUUUCUGCCGCUUCGGUCGCAUCAGCGAACAUUACUGACGCGUUUCGUACAUGUAGCGGCGCGCGUUUAGCCGCUAGCCGCUAGCCGUUAGCCGCUAGCCGCUAACCGUUAGCCCGCGGGGGGGGGAUGGAGGCGCUGCCUCAGCUCCCGCCCGAGGUCUGGCUCUGCGUGUUCAGCUACCUGGGCACCGAGGAGAAGCACGCGGUGCGCGCCUGCUGCCGCCACCUGAAGCGGCUGGCGGACCACCCGGCGCUGUGGCGGGACCACACGGUGCUGCUGUCCGACCUGCGCCGCUACACUUACGGCUUCUGGGACACGCUGAACUGCCGCCGGCUCACGCGCGUGGCGUGGGACACCUGCGGCGCAAGGAGUGGCGGCGGCUCGUCAAGUUCCUGCCGAGCCUCACCGCCGUGGUGUUCGUGGGCGGGGGCCGGGCCUACAAGACGAAGUACCUGGAGAACCUGACCCGGUUCCCCGGCCUGAGGGACGUCGGGGUGCGCAACGCCACCUGGGACGAGCCGAUGCUCGGCCGGAACCUGGGCGCGCAGCUGCGCCUGCGGCUGACGCGCCUGAGCGUGUGCGACGUGCGGCUGCCGUGCGCGGCGGGGUUCGUCCGCGCCGCGUCGCACCUGGUCAACCUGCGCCACCUGCUGUUCCACCAGCAGGGCGACGCCCGCGGGCCGGACGCCGCGCGGCCGGUGCCCCGCGACGUCUUCCACGAGCUGCUGCUGAGCCUGAAGCAGCUGACGCACCUGUCGUGGGGGAUGAGGGGGGAGCCGCCGGAGCCGCUGUGCGAGGACUACCUCAGCCCGCCGGACCCGGAGCAUCCAGGAAAACAGCCACUCUUCCUCCUCGGUCCUGCAGGAGCGGCCCGGUACGGCGGCCCGGCGCUGACCAGCCUGGAGCUGGUCGACUACCCAGAAACCAUCCUGCCGCAGCACGCGCUGAGGAGCCUGACCUCGCUGAGGUCGCUGACCGUCCGCUACAGGUACAUCAGAGAGGGCGUCGAGUGUCGCCUCCCGUCCUGGCUGAGCCCCCUCCGGCAGCUGGAGACCCUCGCCAUCAUCGGCGGUAACUCCCUCGCCGUCUACACCACCACCAUCCCGUCCAGCGUGACCCGGCUGACGCUGCGCGUGGCCAUAACCCUGAAGGACAUGGACUCCAUCGCGCCCAAGGUGCCGGCGCUGGAGCACCUGGACAUCGAGCAGAACCGCUCCAGCGGCAGCCUGUGCAGACGCAUCCCCAUGCUGUUCCCCCAGCUCAGGACGCUCCGGAUACGGUUCUUCCGCCGAGAGCCGGAGAAGGACCUGCUGAGCCUCCACCGGCUGCCCCACCUGGUGCAGCUGGAGCUGCUGGUGGAGCGCUCCUUCAUCCUGCGGGACUACCUGAACGGGCUCCCCUGGCCCAGCCCCUGCGUGAAGGAGCUCAUCAAGCAGCUGCGGGAGCUCUCGGAGAACCGCAUCACCGUCAUCACCACCAUGCGCCAGAGGAGCCCGCUGAGGGAGUGCGACUGCGUGUGGGAGGGCGACUGACGGGAGGGGGAGGAUUUAAUUACUUUUAUUCCUCCUGAAGAAGAAGAAGAAGGAGUCGCCACAAGAGCCGGGAAACCGGAGCUGCUGAGGAUCUCCAGACAUCAUGUCUCCAUCCCGGAUCCUCUACAGAGCCCGAACACGUGUCCGAGCAGAGAAGAAAGGCCGCCAUGUUUGUACCUCAACGCCCCUUUUUAAAAAUGAAAAGUCCACAGAGGCCCAGAGGACUGUGACGCGGUUCAGUCAGACAUUCAUGUUCUCAUGAGAUGUGAAGAUGAACUUCUAAUGUGGAACAUCUGCACGAAGUUCUGCUUUUAGUUUGUUAUUGAUCGGGUGGACGGAUGGAAUCCGUGCGGAUGAAGUUCAUAAUAUUUAGUAAUAAUGGUACUAAAUUAAGGACAAAUAUCAAUACAAGAAGUUUAGUUUAUUGGAAAUAUAAUAAUAGAGGGGAUGCUCACGUGAAGAGCUGACAUUAAUCUGCUUGUUUAAUCGUCUUCCUUUUUUAUAUUUUUGAUCAUCUUUUUUUAUUGGAUAUGUUAAACGUUAAAGUGAUUAUUUGUAUUAUCAUUGAAUUAAAUCCAAAAAGUGACUUAAUUUUAUUAUUACCAAAUGAUAAUUGCUUUCUGUCAAACUUUAAAAAGAGACAAAACAGGAUGAGAACUAAUGAAUCUAUUUUAUUUAUUUCUCAGCAGAGACUUUGUCAAUAAAUGGAGCCGGACUGUCAGUCAGCAGCAGCUUUACGUAAAGCUGAGAGACUUGAAAGAUUAUUUUCUUGAUGCUUAUUCUUUUAAUUUUAUUGCUCGCAAAGCGGGUUAAUAUGUCAUUGAUGGGGAACUUGGAUGAACGUAUGCAGGACAUUGAAAUGAAAUCAUGGGGAAAUAAAUGUGCGGUGGUGGUCAACACCGUCACCUCACAGCAAGGAGGUCCUGGUUCCGCCCAGCGGCCUUUCUGUGUGGAGUCUGCAUGUUCUCCCCAUGUCUGCGUGGGUUCUCCGGUUCCUCCCACAGUCCAGAGACGUGCUGAGGGAAUGUGAGUGUGUCCCUGUGUAGCCCUGCGAUUGGCUGCCUGGAUAAGCGGUGUGAAGAUUGAUGGAAAAUAUUUGCUGACAUGACGAAUAUUCUUGAUUAAAUAAAAACUUUUAAAUGAAAAGCUAA